GCACAUUAUUUUGUAAGUGAAGUAGUCCAAAGAAUUAAUACUAUAAAAAAACAAAAAUCUGUUUAAAUUUAGCUCUUUAGAGUGAUCCCUCUUUUAAGACUACAAGUAACGCUGCUGGAAUUGAUAAGAAUUAUAAUUUCGGAAAUUCACUAAAAAUCGCUCACCAGCAUGUCUUAUAUUCAGGAUGGUUUAUUCGUCGGAGGAAUUGACGAUGCAAUAGAUUCGAAAUAUUUACGAAAGAAGGGAAUAAAACAAAUUUUAUCAAUUCAUAUAAAACCAAUUCCUAUAGAAUAUCGUGAAGACUUUGAAUACAAAUGGGUACAUGCAAUAGACACUCCGUCACAAGAUUUAUUGUUUCAUUUUCAAGAAUGUAUCGACUUUAUAGAAAGUGGUCGUCAAUUGGGAGCAACACUUAUUCAUUGUGAAUAUGGUAUAUCUCGAAGCGUCACGAUAGCUGUAGCCUAUUUGAUGCAAAAAUUAUCUCUAUCUCUGAAUGAAUCGCUUGACCUUAUCAAAACACAUCGUCCUGGGGUUAGACCAAAUAGUGGAUUUCUCAAACAGUUAAAACUAUUCGAAAGAAUGAACUUCACGAUAGACGAAAGAAAUAAAGAAUUUAAAAUAUAUAAAUUAGAAAAUCUUGCAGAUAAAAUUAGUUCAGGUAGAAUUAAUGUUUUCUUUCAAAUGCAAUUAUUAAAUAAUCUCUUGGAUGCAGGAGCGUCGAUUAAAGAUGAUAAUUUAAGAUCUCAAUUGGCCAGAGAUCCUAAUAUGGACAGAGAUAGUACACAUGGAACUACUGAUGCCGUUUACUAUUGUGGAAAGUGUCGAAAGCCUCUUUUCUACGAUAAUUCGAUAAUUUUACAUGAUGACGACAAAACGACCGAAACGUGUUAUUCUUCAUUAUUUAUUGAACCAGUAAAAUGGAUGGAGGAGAACAUUCAAACUUUAGAGGGCAAGGUUUACUGCCCUAAAUGUAAAGCAAAGAUAGGAAGAUUUAACUGGUCUGGUUCCAAGUGCACUUGCGGCUCCUGGGUUACGCCGUCCUUCCACAUUCGAAAUGAUAUGGUCUAUAAGCCAAUGCCUCGGACGAAAUAG